GAGGUGAAUCUAUCCUGUCUCCCAACUUGCAACGCAAAAGAGACAAAAUCGCGCGCACGAACGGAUGGAUCCGAUUGCCGCGGAGGGUUUCAUCUCAUCUCACCAGCCGCGUGUUUGGUUGGCGUGCUCACCAUAAGAUAAUCGUGCCAGCAUGUGCCUACCUUGCCGCCUGUGUACUCGAGAAUAUGCAGUCAUGUGCUGCUUACUUGGCUAUGGCACAAUGGCACAAGGUACACGAAGCUGGGCCAAGCAACAUACCUACCGUAGCACUUCAAUUAUAUGGUCAUGGCCAGAAACUGAUUUGCCUCUACACGACCAACGGCGCCAGAGUGCCAAUCUAUCAGUGCAUGCAGCUAGAGCUAGCUGUUGUGUGCUAGAGAUGAGAGAUCAUUGGAAGCUCGCGAAUAUGACACCUAGCUAGGCACCAUCCAAGGCCUUUGCGACUCUACAUCCAUUUGACUUGAUCUAACACGCGAGCCCGCUCCAACCUAAUCUCUCGGAUCAUGUCCCCCACUCUGAUUCUCCCACAACCCACACGUGCAACCACCGCUUGACAAGCUACCCUGCCUCCUAGCUUCUCCCUGCAUAUAUAUACCACCUCCACUUCGUCUCCUCUACACCACCCAAUCUUACACAUCUAGCACGAAGAAGCAGCAGCCAAGAUCCAGCCAAAUGGCUCCCAGCUUUGGUCGAUCCAUCUCUUUCCCUCUCACGCCGGGGAGGGCUUCCUCCAAGCCCCGCCACAGCCGCUCCAUCAGCCUACCGGCCCGCACCACCUCCUCCCACCCGCUCCUCGCUGAACUGAACACCCGCAUCGCCGCCGUCCGAUCAUUGACCCACUCCUCCCUCACGGCCAGCCUCACCCAGAUCCAUGCCCUCCACUCCGCCCUCGCCGACCUCUUGCUCCUUCAAGACCCGCAGGACGCGCUCCACCGGGCCACCAACGUCGGCGACCGCCUCCUGGACGCCUUCCUCCUCCUCGCCGACGCGCACCAGGGCUUCCAAGAGUGCCUCCUCGUCCUAAAACAUGCCGUGGCCGAGUCCAGCGCCGCGCUCCGGAGGGGUGACGCCGCCAGGGCCGCCUCCGCCACGAGGUCCCAGCGCAGAGCCGAGAAGGAGCUCGCCCGCCUCGCCGUGUCCGUCUCCUCCAAGUGCGCGCGCCUAAGCCUUGUCGGCACUGAGGAUGCCGAGAUGGCCGUUGCGCUCAUGGAGGCGGCUGCCGCGAGCUCCGCGGCCUCUGCUCUUGUGUUCUCCGCCGCCUCGUCCAUGUCAUCGUCUUCAGCGGCUUCAUCUUGCAAGAAGAUCACCUCCGUGUUCAGUUCUUUUGGCAAGAAAGCCACGGCGCCGGAGACGACGACCGAGCAGGCGCUGGAGAGGCUGCACGCGCUCGAGCAGUGUUUCGACGAGUGCGACGGACUCUGCGACAUGGUGUUCAGGAGCAUUGUGCAGACAAGGGUUUCGCUGCUCAACAUCAUGACGCCUACAAUCUAGAGAAUAGAGAUGUAGAAGAAACAACACACCUAUUAUCUAGGCCAUGUAAAUUGUACUGCACGAUGUACAUAUAUAUAUACGGAAAGAAAUUAGUACAGA